AGGGACUCAAUAUUUUCUGAAUUCAAUGACCAAAACCAAUGAGAUCUGAGCACGAAGGGUCUACAGGUCCAAGCUUUUUUGUUAGCAGGUUUGAGGAUUUCUCGCGCGAUUCAGCGAAGGAGAGAAGCAGAGAGGAGAGAUGGCUGGUAGAUUCAGCACGGCUGCAUCUCGACUGUUGGGCGGCGGCGGCGUUGGCCGAUCCGUUGCGUUCUCCAUGCCCACACGCUCCGGCAUGGGUCUUCCCGUCGGAAAGCACAUAGUUCCCGACAAACCCCUGCCGGAGCAAGACGAGUUGGUAUGGGACAACGGAACGCCUUUCCCGGAGCCAUGCAUCGAUCGCCUCGCUCCACACAUAGGCAAGUAUGAAUCUCUGGCAUGGCUUUGUGGAGGGCUGGGAUUCUUCGCAGCGCUUGGCUUGCUUGCUGUUUGGAAUGACAAGGCAUCGAAGAUACCCUUUGUAAGACAUUUGGAUGACAAAGCUAUAUUUAUAUCUUUUUUUGUUUGA